CGCGAAUCAAACAGGCGAUCACCAAGGAGCAAACAGUUCGUUGUCAGACCGGUGAGGUGAAUGAAAUGAGCAGAUCCGGCUGCUGACCCCUCCAUGGAAGAGGCCAGCGAUGAGGGGCUUUUACUCCAAGCUGGACUCGUCGUCUCUGGGCAUGGCGAUGCCCCUGAACCUGGCCGUGGAGACUGAGAAAGCUCAGGCCCUGCUCCAGACGUUCAGCACUGCCUCUCUGUUAGCCAGCGCGGGCCUGGGCGCUUUCUGCUUCCUCGCCGACCACUUUCUGACGCUCCCCUUCAUCCAGCACCAUCUGUGGCUCAGGGCUGUGCUCGACAACGCCGUCCACGGCAUCAUUGGACUCUGGUCGUGGGCCAUCGUCAUCGGGUUAAGGAAGAAAAGUGACUUCUAUGAAGUCGUCUUGGCUGGAUUUCUGGCGUCUCUCAUUGACCUGGACCAUUUCUACAUGGCUGGAUCACUGUCGCUCAAAGCCGCUGUGAAUCUCCCUCACAGACCUCCGCUGCACUGCUCCACCCUGAUCCCAGCGCUCUGCUUCUCCCUGCGCCUCCUCAUGUGGGCCUGCCGGCUCAAAGACUCCUGGUGCUCCCUGCCCUGGAUGCUGUUCAUCUCGCUGGCGUCGCACCACAUCCGUGACGGCGUUCGGCACGGCCUCUGGGUGUGUCCGUUCGGGAACACGGCGCCCAUCUCUUACUGGCUGUACGUCACCAUCUCAGCCACCCUCCCUCACCUGUGCUCGGUGCUCAUGUACCUGACCGGCACCAGAGACAUGAUCUCCACCAAACACGGCGUCGCCAUCGACGUCUGAAACACCGCUUCGGUUGUGGGCUCGCUAUCUAUUUAUUUAUUUAUUUAUUUAUUUAUUUGGCGCUGGAAAUAUUUCCAUUAGGUCUUCUCUGCCUCAUUGCCAUUCCAACAUAAUCCGUCCUUGUUCCUUGAGAGAUUGGCAGUACGUUUGAUAAUAUUAACUGCUGUGGCCAUUCAGGUAUCCGUGUGAAAUCAGGUUGUAUUUACUGUGAAGACUGUGAAUAUUUUAAUAUGUAUGAUGUAGAUUAGGGUUGGGCGAUUUAAAAAAGAAAAAAAAAAGAAAAAAAAUAAAUUUUGCAGCCUUUUUCUACAAUAUACUAUAUAUUUGAUAUAUAAAAAUCCAUUACAGAGCAAAUAGAGAAAUUAUAUUACGAGAACUGUCUCUGUUUUGCAGUAUUUUGGCAAUAUUCAAUAAUAAAAAAUAAUUCAGAAAAAGUAUACUGUACAGACUGGUAGGUAUACUUGCAUGAAUUAGUUUUCUAUAUAUGAAAUAUGGUUCAAAAUGGAGUUCAUUUUGAAAAUAUAAUUUCUAUAUUUGCUGAUCUGGAUUUAAAUUCUUAUUGUCGCCAAGUAGAUGAUAUUUAUUAAUUGUUAAUAUCUGAUAAUUUGUUCAUACGCAUCGAUAUAACCGCAUAAAGUAAAACGCCACACUAAGACGUUGAUGGGAAGUUUCGGGGGAUGAACAAACGAAACAAAUAGCUAAUUUAUAGUUCACUUUUUUUAAUUUAAGAUUGUGUGGUCAUUAGUAAAAGUUUGGCCAAAAAAGACCUUUGUAAAUAACGCUUUUGGGGUCACGUGACCGACUCGAACCUGUUGCGAAAUCUUCACAAAGAAAUAUUUUGUCCUCCUGAUCGCACAACCCCAUCCCGUGGCAAUUUACGAGGUGAAUAAUUCGUACGACUUCAUAUUAAGUCUUACCAUGUUUGCUAAAUCGUAUGUGUUCUUAAAAGUCGCACAAUUCGUUGGAUUGGUCUACGCCUAACCCCGCCCCUUCACCUGCCCGUCACCGGAGUCUAGACGAAUCGUACAAGUGAGGUCGUACGAAUUUGAAUGAAUUGGCCACCUCGUAAAUAUGCGAUAACAUUCCUAUUCAAACGACUGGUUUUUACUCCUGAAAAUUGGCGCCAGAAUGCGACCGCAUCUUAAUCCCAUUGUUGCUACUAAAAUUGCGAAUUUUUUUGCGAAAAUAAUAUAUUGAAUAGCUCAAACUAGUGUGAGUGUUGGAUAUUAUCGCCCAGCCCUAGUGUAGUUGGUUUGGACUCGCUCUUACUAACUUUAAAAGCUUCAGCGCUGUGUUGUCUCUUUUAGCUUAGCGCUAUAGACUUGUCCGUUCAUAGGAUGCCAUUUUACUAUGUUUGUUUUCCGAAGGAAGCCGCAGACGCGAUUCACGAUGUGUCGUGCGUCCAGGAAUAGACGUUGAGGAUGGAUGUGUUGAUGUGUAUUUGCGGCCGAGGAUCACUGUAGGUGACAUUUUUCUCUCUGUAGUGUAUUUAAAAAGCUGAAAAACACUGGUAGGUCUAGUUUCACUUGGAAAAGUCCUUGAGUACAGAAAAUGGAAAUACUUUCCGUCGAUACAAAAGAUUAUUGCUGCCUUUUUAGCCACAGGCUUCGAAAUAACUGUAAAUACGACUUCCUGAAGCUUUAUUUCCAAACCAUUUCUAACCUUCACGCCAUUUAAUUGAACCGUUAUUAAGUGUCUUUGUAUACACCGGCAAUUUCACCCUCAGGCCAUCUAAGAUGUAGUUUGAAUGGGUGCCGUCAGAUCGAGAGUCCCGAUGAUCAAUUAAUGUCUUUUAAAGCCAAAAGCUGUGUUUGUAAGAAACCAAUUCAUUCGAUGUAGACGAGAUUGGUUCGACUUCUGACGGCACCCAUUCGCUGCGAACGACCCAACGCAAGAAACGAGCCGAUCUACGUCUCGGAUGGCCUGUGCGCGAGAUCUUUUUAAGCAACCGUUCAUUUUUGAGUCGGCUAUUUUUCGUAUUUUUAUUCGGUCGUGUGCAAUCAUAGCUGUUUUAAUGAAUAAAAUUGAUGUUAAGUGAACAAGCCAAAAAGUCAAACCGAUGCCGGGUCUCCAGAAGGAUUAAAUAUUCACAGGUCAAUUUAAAUCAGACAUCGUUUAAUAUUAGUGUUUAUAGUUGAUUUACUGUCGCAUAUGUAUACUUUCACUUAAUAGUUUUUCGAUGUUCUUGGGUAAUAUUUUCAAUAUCGUACAGGGAUUGUUAUACUUCGCCUAAAAAUAGUGUUUUGUCUUCGUCGGCCCAUUUCGUCUAGGUUCACUAUUCACCCAAUUUCUGAAAUGCUAGUUUGGUCAACGCAAAACUACUUAAUUUCCAUUGUUACACACGAAUGUUUUUAUGUAGUAUAAAUCGUCCCGUGUUUUCAUAUUUUUCAUGAAGUCCUGAAUUACAGCAGUGGAAACUUGCGUGCUCGUAUGCUUUUUUUUGGCAACGAUCGAAUUGUGCGUUUAUUAAUUUCUGGUAAUAAGGGAAGGGAUGUUAAGUUAUCCGUUGGUUUGACGCCUAAUGCCUCAAUCAGUCGAGGCCUUUUCAGACCUGCAGAGGGAGCUCUAGACCGACUCCAGCCAUGCACUUUCCUUAUUCAUGUCCUUUUAUAUAUUUAUUUUUGCGCUUAUGUUUUUGUAAUUUUUUUUUUUUAUUGUAAAUAUUUUAUUUAAUGGGUUUUUUUUGCACAAUGUCGAUUUGUCAAUAACGUGGUUUUGAGGCAUAGUCAAGAAACGACUAAAAGCAUUGUUUAUUUCUGAAAACCGUCACUAAAGUUACACACACUUCUGUUUCCACGGCUUUCUGUCUUUUUGUCGCUUCUGGUUCCUUCCAUUUUUCCUUCCUUCAUCCAGCUUUACUCGAUGCACUUGAAAGUUUGAUUGUCGUUUAGGGAAGAAUUAAAAAAAAUCGCGGUUAAGUCAAGGUAAUAGUAGAGGAAGAGCAGUGUGCAUUUCUUCAUCUUCAUGUAUCAACUUCAACUAUAUCUUUAAUGAAUAACCUAUCAAUUAA